UACCCGACGCAGAAGGGCGCGGGUGCCAUGCACCGGUGGUGCCGCCACCGGUGUCGCUGCCGGGGCCGCCGGCACCGCCACGGCCACCGCCACCGUCACCGCCACGACCACCGCAACGAGCACUGCCGGAGCAAGCGCCGUGGCCCCUGUCUCUGCUGCUGUCUCCUCCGCUGGUGGUGCCACCGACGCCGCCAGCACCGCCACCGCUAGUCUUGCCGUUGCGCCGCCUAGGAGGCCUUCGCAGCCAGCGCCGGCGCCUUCGGCGAGUGUGCCGCUCAUCAGCAAACCAAGGGACAGCCGAACGCCGGCACAGGCGCUCAGUGCCCUUGAGGAGCUGCAGCGCGUGGGACUUCCGGAUGAUGUCGCCAUCCGGGACCUGCUCAAGCCCACGGGCCACUGCUGGGCGCACCACUGCUGCGCCGCCUGGUCGGAGGGCGUGUGCCUCUCCCCCGAGCUCGAGCUCAUCAACGUGGACCGCGCCGUGCUGGCCGCCGUGAAGCAGCGCUGCCAGCAUUGCCGCCGUCUGGGUGCCACCGUCAAGUGCUGGGUGGAGAGCUGCUCGCACAUGUACCACUACCCGUGCGCCGCCGUGGCCGGCACCUUCCAGGACAUCCGCUCCCUCGCGCUUCUCUGCCCCGACCACGUUCACCAGGCCGUGACCAUUGCGGGCGAGGAGGCAAACUGCGUGGUGUGCGACCAGCCGGGCGAGCUGCACAAUCAGCUGUUCUGCACCAGCUGCGGGCAGCACUACCACGGCCGCUGCCUCGAGAUCGCGCCCAGCACCGCCAUCCGCGCCGGUUGGCAGUGCCCAGAGUGCAAGAUAUGCCAGACCUGCAGGCAGCCGGGCGAUGACAGCAAGAUGCUGGUGUGCGACGCCUGCGACAAGGGCUUUCACACGUACUGCCUGCGACCCGCCAUGCAGUCCAUUCCCAAGAACACGUGGAAGUGCAAGCACUGCCGGUCGUGCAGCGACUGCGGCUCGCGAUCGGCGGGCGCGGAGCCCGGCUCGCGCUGGCACCGCGACUACUCGCUGUGCGAGCGCUGCCACCAGCAGCGCGCGAGCGGGCGCGCCUGUCCCGUGUGCGGAAGGGCGCACGGCCGCCGCCCCGCGUCCACGCUCCUUGCGUGCCAGCGCUGCAGCAGAAUGGUGCACGCCGAGUGCGAGGAGUCCGGCGUACGGACCGGGCUCGACUGCCGCGACUACCUGUGCCCGCUGUGCCGGCCCCGCUCGCUGGCGCAGAGGGAGCGGCCGAGGAGGCUACCGCCCCCGCCCGGCACGGCUCCCGGCGGCAGAGACGUCGUCCCCUUAAAGUCGCCACCAAUGGCGGCUUUGGCCGCGACGGCAGACCCAGGCUCCAGGAUCGCGUCGGGCUCUGGCAGCAGGGAGACAGACGCUGCCCGGCCGCCCUCGUUACGCCUGCCGCCCCGGCACCGCGACCCCGAGCGCCCGGCACUCCCUCAUCCCCCUCACGGGCCGAGCCUCGCCGAGCGGCACCGCCAUCCGCCCGUCGGCCCCUCCGCCGCGGGCAGCGAGGCGGACCGUCAACGCGACCGCCACCCGGUGCGCCGGCCGUUCGGGCCGCCGAUGCCGGGCCUGCCUCACGGCGCCACCGCCGGCGCUGCCGCGCUCCACAAAGCCAGGCUGGACGGUCGGGAGGAUCGCCCGCCGGGGAUGGGCCUCAACUUCACGGGGCCUCGGAGGCCGCGCGAACUUCCCCGCGACAAGAUGAAGUCGUACGUGAAGCUGGAGCCCACGGGGCGACCGCCACCGCCGGUGGGGGGCAUGGCGAGGCCGCACGGCACCCCCCACGGGCACGGUGAACUUGCGUCGCGACCGCCGCACUCCGGGCCCUUCGGUCCCGGCGCCGCGAGGCCGCCCAAGGUGGUUCCCCCGCACGGGCACGUACCGGGCGGGGCGAGGCACGAGCCCGCCGCGAGCGCCGGCGCCGCCCUCGCCUUCAAGUACCACCCCCGCGAGAUGGGUCGGCCCAUACGACCGCCGGGCCCGCUCCCGCCUAACGCGCCCUCCGUUUCUGGCGCCGAGCGGCACAGGCCCAGGGAGGCGCCGAGUGCCAGCGGCGUCGGCGCAGAGCAGCCGACGCAGAGGCACGGGGUGCCGCGUCCUGUCGACAGGGGUGUCGCCGGAACGACGGGGCAGGCUGCCGGAUCGAAUCCCCAGGCACUGGGCAAAAUCGCGGCGCCGGGCUCAACCGCCGGCACCGUGACGAUGUCACGUCCCGCCGGUGCUGCUCCCGCGCAGUCCUUCCCGACGUCAGGCGAGCGGACAGCGCUGUCAGUUGUGCCAGUCAGGGAACGACUGGUGCCUGCCAUUGGCGGCGGCGGCGGGGGUGGUGGUUGUGGCAGCAGCGGAGGGAGCGGCGGCAACAUUGGUGGAGCCCAUAAGUUUUCGGCGUACUCCAUGGCGUGCUGCUCGGGGACCUCGCAGUCGGUAAUGCCGAGAAUCGGCAUGGGGAAGCCGGCGAUCUUCAGGCAACGCUUCUCCACUGGCCGCUCACGCAUCCGGCACCUGCAGGGUCCCAGCGUCGGGUUCCGUGGGAGGAGGUUCCCGAGGGGGGGUCCCGGAGGACACCCCCAGAGUAGGGGCCGUGGGCGAGGGGGCAGCUACCGCUCCCCCACGGGCAGCAUCACCACGUCCGGGGGCUUCACGCCCGAGGGCUCCAUGAAGAAGGAGGAGCCGUCGGAGGACGCGAUGCCUAACACGGUCGUUCUCUUCUCCACCAACGACAAGUACACGCUCAAGCAGGAUAUGUGCGUCGUAUGCGGCAGCUUUGGGCUCGGUGCCGAGGGACAGCUGCUCGCGUGCUCGCAGUGUGGGCAGUGUUACCACCCGUACUGCGUUGGAACCAAGAUCACGCGCGUGGUGCUGAGCAAAGGCUGGCGCUGCUUGGAGUGCACGGUGUGCGAGUCUUGCGGACUCACAUCAGACCCCGGGCGCCUGCUCCUGUGUGACGACUGCGACAUCAGCUACCACAUCUACUGCCUCGAACCGCCCCUGCACACAGUGCCCAAGGGCGGCUGGAAGUGCAAGUGGUGCGUGUGCUGCCUGCAGUGCGGGGCGUCGGAGCCAGGCUUCCGCUGCGAGUGGCAGAACAACCACACGCAGUGCGCUCCGUGCACCAGCCUCUCCACGUGCCCAGUGUGCGCUCAGGCCUACCGCGAGCAGCAGCUCAUCGUUCAGUGCCGCCAGUGCGACAGGUGGAUGCACGGCUCGUGCGAGGGGAUGCACUCGGAGGAGGAGGUAGAGAAAGCAGCCGAUGACGGCUUCGACUGCUCCUUGUGCCGCCAGCAUCCCACGGCGUCACUCGGCAAUGCUGUGAGCAAAGUUGAGGCGACUUCAGAGAUUCUUCCCAUUGCCACAGAACCAGAGCCGGCGCCGAGGCUGUACACGCAGGACGGCGUGUGCCUCACCGAAUCUGGGCUGCACCAGCUGCAGCGGCUGGCGCUAGAGCCGUCGGCGCGUCGGCGGCGCGUGCGAGCCCGUCUGCGGCACGGGGCGGUGCCCGGGGGAGACUCGAGCGACCCCGGCAGCUCCGACAUCACGAGCCCCCGCGAUGCCGAGCGCAGCUCCGAGCAGCCCCGCCGUGUGGUGACGACGGACAGACCUGACAGCCGCUCGGACACGCUGACCAGCCCGGAGCGGGAGGGCGCAGACGGUGGGAGACCGCCAAAGGAGGAGACGUCUCCCCGGAAGAGAAAGCUGUACAGGCCCGGUGUGGGGGGCUUCCUGGUGCGGCGCCGCUGCGGCUCCGGCUGGGCACGCGGGCGCGGGGGGCUCCUGCGCGGACGCUCCCUCUCGCUCACCGAGUGGGGGCCCUCGGCUGCCCGAACCAGCGAGGGCAGCGACGGGUGCAUAGAGCCCUCCACGGAUGAGGGGCUGCUGAGCCCGGAUUCGGGAAGAUUGAGAAAAAAUCACCCGAGGAAGAGAGCCCGGCUUGAAGACACCUUUCCUCCGUACCUUCAGGAGGCCUUCUUCGGCAAGAGCCUGCUGGACUCGGCGCGGGACCGGCCGCUCGACGCGACCCCAGCUCUGGACGAUGCGGCCCCCCUCUCCUCGCCGUGCCCCCCGCUCGCCGCUCCGCCUGCCCCCCCGGGGCUCGUCAAAGAGCCGGUGGGGGACGGCGCAGACGACGCGACCGUCGCCGAGGCCCACGCGACCGUCGCCGUGGCGACCGACUCCGCCAGCCACGUGAAGGCCGCGAUGCACGUUGAUGCGACUGAGGAUCCACUCACAGAGCUCUCCGAUGACAUCCUCGGGAUUUUGACGCGGGACCUGGGGCGGCAACCGGCAGACACGGACAAGGCGUGCGAGCCAUCGCAGCCUCCCCCCGCGUUCCACGCACGCUCGCUCGACAACGCCUUCCUGCCCAGCGACUUGGACCGCAUGGUCCCCGAUGAGCUCACGCACAUCGAGGGCAAGGACGUGGAGGAGCUCUUCACGGCACUGAGCUCGCAGGGCGAGGGGGCGGCGCACGCCGGGCCGUUUGGCUACGGCGCCAUGCACGCGAUGGACGUGCCGGCUCACGGGCCCGGCACCGGUGCCGGCACCGCUGGCGGCGGUGGCAGCGGCGGUGGUGUGGACGCGGUCACGCGGGCGCCGCUGGCUCCGCAUGCCGUACACGGACCGCAGCCGCAGCCACUACCGCAACAGCCGCCGACCAGUGGUGCCGUCGACAUCUUGCCAGAGCCCUUUCCUGGUUUGGCGCAGCCAGGGUUUUCAGCUUUGGGCAGCGGUGAGAAACGCGCCACGUUCAGCCCCGCGGCGGGCUGCAGCGUGGCGUCGCCCGCGUCACCCUGGAGCGGUUCACAGCCACCCGGCGGGGACGAGCGCUGCGAGAGCGACGGCCUCUCCUACAACCAGCGCAGCGCGCUCAAGUGGGAGCGCGACGAGGAGCUCGGGGAGAUGGCCACCAUCUCCGCGGUGCUCUACGCCAACAUCAACUUCCCCGGUUUGCGGCACGAGUUCCCCGAUUGGCCGACCCGCUCCAAGCAGAUUGCGAAGCUGUGGCGCAAGGCGUCGACAGAAGAGCGCGCCCCCUAUCUGCAAAAGGCCCGAGACAACCGUGCGGCGCUGCGUAUCACGCGGGCACAGAGCGGCAUCAGGCCUCCCCGCAAGAAGCAGCUGCCCGAGACGGUCGACCAGUUUAGCCCAACGGAGCCCGAGAUCCCGGGGAAGGAACAUCACAGGCUCAAGGAGGUCGAACAGGAGCAUGAGUGGAAGCAGCGACAGGUGUCAAUACAGCGUCAAUGCAGUGAUGUCACUACAGCGCAAUGGCAACUGCGUCUGCAGAGCAAGCAGCAGGCGAAGCUGGAGGCCACGCAGAAGCUGGAGCUCGCCAAGCAGGAGCAGCAGAAGAUGAGCCUCCACGGGGAGGGCGCCGGCGACACGGAGGCGGAUGGCGCAGCUACGGCGCCGGCCUCGGAAUUCCCGGACGGCGAGAGCUUCCGCAGCCCCAGCGCCGCCAGCCAGGCCGAGCCGGCCCGCAGCCCCUUCGCUGGCGACGGUGGCGGUGGCGACGGCGUCGGCGGGGGGAAACUGGCGCCGUUCUCCCCGCGGCCGCUGUCCAACCCCAAGGGGCUGAGCCUGGACGACGUGUUCGUGAAGCCGCGAGCGCCGUCGCAGCCGCGCGCGCCCCUGCAGCCGCCGCCAGCGCACGAGGGCUUCCCGCAGGCCGUCGGGCGCCCCCACAACGAGCUCCCGCCGGAGUCGGGCUCUGGCUCCCGCCCAGCGUCGCCGUGGGACCCCUACCCUGGCGCGGCCGAGGCGCCUGCGUCCGCUCCCGGUGCCGCGACCGCGCCGACGACGACGGCGACGUCGGCGCCGACGCCGCCUUCCGCCGUCAGGAGACACUCGGCGCCGCACCUGGACCCGUACGGCAACCCUCCCGGCACACCGCGCCCCGUGGGGACGCUGCCGGUCGACUCCUACUUUGCGAUGCCCAAGACGCCGCAGAGGAAGGAGGAACCCGCAUUCCGGAGAGGGGCGGGCGAGCAGUCGCCCCGCGCCGCGGCACUGUGCGAUCCAUACGCUAAGGCGCCUGGCACCCCGCGGCCGUCGCCGAUCGCCGAACCCUACUUCAGGGCCGCCGGGCCGCCCCGGCCGUUUGAGACAUUCGCCGAGCCGCCUCUCCUGUCCUCCAGGCCGGACGAGCUGCCGCCGCAGCAGCAACAGCAGCAGCAGCAACAGAUGUUCAAGGCGCCCUUCCCGGCGCCGCAACAGAUGCCUUUGCCCGUCAUGUCGCCCAGCGGUGUUCAGCAACCUCCACUCGGGCAGCCGUGCCAGCCGCCUAUGGGCGGAGGAUACGCGCCGUCGCCGUCCGCGAUCCACGGGUCACCAGUCCGACGACCGCCCAGUGCCACCGAGCACUACGCGCAGCAGCAGCAGCAGACACUGCCCACGUCCCCCUACGGACAGGCGGCGGGCGCGCAGGGAACGCAGCCACCUGAUCCAUACGUGCAGGCACCCCACGCGCCACGGCCCCUUGUCACCUCCGACCCCUAUGCUCAACCGCCGGGGACACCCCGGCCUCUCAGUUCCGACCCCUAUGCACAGCCACCCCACACGCCAAGACCCUUGACCUCCGACCCUUACGCGCAGCCGCCAGGAACGCCGCGGCCCAUGACCUCCGACCCUUACGCACAGCCGCCGGGAACGCCUCGGCCCAUGACCUCCGACCCCUACGCACAACCUCCGGGGACUCCACGGCCCAUGACCUCCGACCCCUACGCGCAACCUCCGGGGACGCCUCGGCCCAUGACCUCCGACCCCUACGCGCAACCUCCGGGGACGCCGCGACCAUUUGCGGCCAACCCCUACGCCCGCCAGCCGCAGUCGCAACCCGCGUUCGAAAUGUACGGCGACGGGCAACCGGUGCCCGGCGCGCAGUUCGCACCGGCGGCUGGGGUGACGCGUCAAACGAACGUCGAGGGCAAGUACUCGCAAGCGGCCACCGCCCCUCCCCGAGAGAUGUUCUCCCCGCCCACGACGCCGGGCGUCCAAUCGCAGGCACAGGCCGCUGCCGCUGCCGCCGUGGAAGCGUUGGAAGCCGGCUCGCGCGACAUGUUCACGCCGCCGCUGGCGCUUUCAGGCGAUUCCGUUCAAAUUCCCGGCCUCGCUUCGCCGACGACAACGCCCGGAGGGAGUGGUGCGAGGAGCCUGACGGCGGCAGUCUCCGCGGCGUUGGGGUCCGUCUCCGGCACGGGUCCCAGUGCGAUGGAGAUGGCACAGGCGAAGGCACGGGGCGGCUCGCCGUGCAUGCCGAGCGCGGUGCACAUGGCGCAGCAGCAGGGGAUGGCGCCCACACGGCCUGACGUGCUCCCGCUGCAGGGGAUUCUGGGACAGCAUGGCGCGCAGAGGCCGCAGCCUCAGGGCGCCGGUCCGCAGGAGACAGGGGAUGCCGGGAGGUGCCGGGGUGAUGUUCUGGUCAUCGGACACCACCUCCCCUCAAGGACAGCCCAUGAACAAGCCUCCUCCACCUUACCCGGUACAGCAGGGCACAAUGCCGGGCUUCCGCAACCAGCAGCUCAUGUUCAGCCAGGUUCCUGGCCGGUUCAUGCCGGGCGUCGCCGGGGGCAGCCCCCGCUCCCCGUUCCCCAGCCCGGAGAGCCCGGGGGGACUCACGGCGGAUGCCGCUCAUCUCAGACAGAGGGUCGCCGGCUCUGCGGAGAUGGCCUACUAUACCACGCGCGUGGGCGGCUUCCCAAGCCCCCAGGCCGCUCAGCAGUCGCCCUCGAGCCUGGCACCGCGCUUCCCGGGGGAGGCCAGCAGCCUACGGCGCUCCAUCUCGCUGGACAUGAGCAGCCCCGCGUCCCACUCUGCCCCUCCGGCCCCACCCACGGGAAUGCCGGGGGCGGCGGCGCCGCCCGCCAACGGGCAGAUGGCCCGACCUCCCGUCGCCUUCCAGCCGCACGGCAUCGCAGGCCAGAUCAUGCACCAGGGCAGUACUACAUCGAGCUGAGGCACAACCCGGCCAUGCGGCCUCGCCUGCACUUUGGCGGCGGUGGCGUCGGCGUCGCUCCUGCCGAGAUGCAGCAGAGGGCUGAGCAGCAGCAGCACCACCAGCAGCUUCAGCAACACCAACCGCAGCAGAACUGUCUCCCAGUCCCGGCACAAGAGCCCGUUGCGCAGACAUGCGCCGACCAAAGCCUGGCGCCGUUCAUUCCCAAGCCGUGCCUCACCACCAUCGCUGGCACUGGUGGGGUUAUUGGAGGUGUCCAGCAACAGCAGCCGCUGCCACCAAUGCAGCAGCACCACCAGCAGCAACAGCAGCCGCCCCAGGCUUCUCCGCUUGCAACGUCGACGGCGGCGGCGCUGGCGGCCGAGCCCUGCACGGACGACAAGCUUCCGGAGAUGGUUCCAGCGGGCGGCGCCGAGAUGGACGAGGCGCUGGCUGCCCACAAGGCGCUGGAGGACGACGUGGACCUCGCCAACCUGAACCUCGACCCCGUGGACGGCAAGGGCGCUGGCGACCUGGACACGCUCGACCACCUGGAGACCAACGACCCGCACCUCGACGACCUCCUUAAGGCUGGCGAGUUCGACAUCCUGGCCUACACGGACCCAGAGUUGGACCUGGCUGACAAGAAGGACAUGUUCAAUGACCUGGCCCUCGCCGACCCGCUAGAGGACAGGAUGGAUGAGCACAAAAAGCCGGUCGACAAGGAGGAGGAGGAGCAAGAGGGUGGAUUGGCGGCGGGGUCGAGGACUGCAGCAAGCGAGCAAAUGGCGCAAGCGGCGGUGGAUCGCGAAUCCGACGAGAAGACGUCGCCCGACCCCGCGCGUACAGCAACCGGCGUGAAGGCGCCGACGCCGCAAGCGCAAGUUGCGGCGUCAAAAGAGUCGCAGGCGGCCAACAUCGAGAUGGUGGAAGCGCAGAACAAGAGCAGCGGCAGUGCCGUCACUCCCACCGAACCAGCAAGCGUGCCGGAGAGCGAGAAGGCUCGAACCCCUGAUACGGCUGCGAGUGGCGACCGUGCAGAAGAUGCCAACCCCGUGAAGCAGGAGCCUGGCACGGCCACGGAGAAGUCGCAGGAGGCGGCGCCCGACGCUCUCCCACGAAGCUCCGAGGCUGUCGCGCCAGCUGAGAAGGCCGAGGGAGCGGAGGCGGCGCCGGAGUCCGCGGGAGACGCGGCCGGACAGGCGGAGACGGUUGCUCCCAAAGACGAGCCAGAAUCCGGCAAGGGUGGCGAGCAGGUCGGGGCGCAGCCAGAUUUGGCCUCUCAGCGACAGCAAGGAUUCUUUGCGAAUUUAGAUUUUGACAAGUUCGCCACCGAUGAUAUAACAGACCCCAUAGCCAAGGCCAAGAUGGUUGUGCUGAAAGGCAUCAACAAAGUCAUGUCGCAGGGCUCCAUCGGCGGGCCGUCCAUCAACGUCGCCAACAGAUCCGUGUUCCCAGGGGAGGCUGCCUCUGGCUCUCCAGGCCCGCAGCAGGGCAUGCACACCUACCAGCAGCAGGAGGAGAAUGGGCCCGGAGUGCUGCCAGUGUCCAGACCGGCGCCUCCCGCUUCCGACCACGGCGUCAUGAAGGAUGACGAGCGGCAGGCGUACGAGGAGUGGCUGCUGCACACCAAGACGCUGCUGGGGAUGCAGCACCGCGCGCUCGAGGAGCAGGUGGGCGCGCACCGCAAGUCCAAAAAGGCGCUGUCGGCCAAGCAGCGCACGGCCAAGAAGGCGGGACGUGAGCUCGCCGACGCAGACGCCGAGCAGCUGAAGCACGUCACCGAGCGCCAGUGCCUCGUGCAAAAGCAACUGCAGCAGGUCAAGAAGCAGCAGAAGGAGCAUGAGGAUCUCAUCGAAGAGUAUCGCACAAAGCAACAGCACUGCACAGGGACACAGGCGGCUGGGCUGAGCCACACGGCCGCGUCGCCCUUCAACGCUCAGCCUGCAGGCGCUGCUGGUCCACUGCCUGGAGGUCACGUGACCCACAAUGUCGGCGUUAUGUCGCAGCAGCAACAGCAGCAGCAACAACACCAUCACCUUCAGCAGCAGCCCCAACAGGUCGUGGGCAUGAUGCAUCAGGGGCAGCAGCAGCAAGGAUCUCCCAUGAUGCAUCAGGGUCAGCAGCAACAAGGAUCACCUAUGAUGCAUCAGGGUCAGCAGCAGCAAGGAUCUCCCAUGAUUCAUCAGGGUCAGCAGCAGCAAGGAUCUCCCAUGAUUCAUCAGGGUCAGCAGCAGCAAGGAUCACCCAUGAUGCAUCAGGGUCAGCAGCAGCAGCAAGGAUCACCCAUGAUGCAGCAGGGAAGUACCAUGAUGCAUCAGAACCAGCAACAAGGAUCUCCCAUGAUGCAGCAAGGAAGUACCAUGAUGCAUCAGAGCCCGCAGCAGGGCUCUCCCAUGAUGCAUCAGAGUCCGCAGCAGGGGUCUCCCAUGGUGCAUCAGAAUCAUCAACAAGGUAUUCCCAUAAUGCACCAGAAUCAGCAGAUGCAUCAAAUUCGCCAGCAGCAGCCCGCCACUCCUGCAAUGCAUCAGGCUUUGCAGAAAGAAACUCCCAUGAUGCACCAAAAUCGCACACAGGGAAAUAUGAUGCUUCAGCCUCAGCAGCAAACAACUCCCAUGAUGCAUCAGGCUCAACAACCAUCAGCUCCCAUGAUGCAUCAGGCUCAACAACCAUCAGCUCCCAUGAUGCAUCAGUCUCAACAGCAAGGAACUCCCAUGAUGCAUCAGGCCCAACAGCAAUCGACUCCCAUGAUGCAUCAGGCCCAACAGCAAUCGACUCCCAUGAUGCAUCAGGCUCAACAGCAGUCAACUCCCAUGAUGCAUCAGGCUCAACAGCCAGGUACUUCCAUAAUGCAGCAGGGUCAACAACCAGCCACUCCCAUGAUGCAUCAGGCUCAGAGCCAACAGCAGCAUCAAGUGCCACAGACAAUCCCACCACACAACCAAGGCGCCUCCACUAUGCAUCAGAAUCAGACGCCGCAAGGCUCUCCCAUGAUGCAUCAGGCACAACAGCAACACCAGAAUUCCUCUGUUGCUGCUCAGCAGCAGAACUCUGUGCAACCCAUGAUGCAGCAGGCUCAACACAACCAGGGCCCUCCCAUGAUGCACCAAGCCCAGCGGCAUCAGGACUUGCUGACGUUGCAUCAGAAUCAGCAGGUACAGAGGUCUCCCAUGAUGAUUCAGCCUCAACAGCAGCAGCAACAGCAGCAGCAAUCUGUGCCGGCGUUGCCGCAGCAUAACCAAGUAGCUACCACAAUGCAGCAGGGUCAUCCGCAGCAAACGGCCAGUAUGAUGCAUCAGAAUCUGCAGCAGAGGGCUCCCGUUUUGCAGCAAGGAAUUCAUAUGAUGCCCCCCCAGGUCCAACGGCCAGGCAUGUCAACAAUGCACCAGGUUAAGCAGCUUGAUACUUCCAUGAUGCAUCAGGUGCAGCACCAGGGGAUGCCCGCAAUGCAUCCUGGUCAGCAGCAAGGAGUUCCCGCGAUGCAUCAGGGGCAGCCGCAAGGGGCGACCGUGAUGCAGCAGGGUCAACAUCAAGGAAUGGCCGUAAUGCAGCAGGGUCAACAGAGGUUUCCCAUGAUGCAUCAGGCACAGCAGCAACAGGCAGCUUCCUUGAUGCAGCAGCAGCAGCAACAAAGGUUUUCUAUGAUUCACCAGGUGCAGCAGCAACAACAGCAGCAGCAGCAAAGUCAGACACACCCUUCCAUGAUGAUGCAUCACCCGCAGCAACAAGGUGCUUCCGCCAUGCAGCAGAGCCAGCAGCAGAGGUUCCCCAUGAUGCAGCAAGCGCAGCAACAGCAACAGCUGCAGCAGCAGCAAGGAGUUCCCAUGAUGCAGCAGGCACAGGCGGCAAUGCCCCAGGGCCAUCACGGAGCGGCCAUGAUGCACCAGCAGCAAGCAGGUGUUGUCAUGAUGCACCAGACGCAGCAGCAGCAGCAGAGGCUGACCAUGGCUUCUCCGUCACAGCAAAACCUUGCCAUGCUCCCCCAACAGCAGCAGCAGCAGCAGCAAAUUCGUAUUGCCAUGAUGACACAGCCCAGGCAGCGGAUGGGACUACCUAUGAUGCAGCAGCAGCAGCACCAACAGCAGCAGGGAACGCCAGCAGUGCCACAGCAGAGCAGUACGCACGUGCCGCUCACGUGGACCACGGCGCAAGGUGCUGGGCCAAACCGCCCCUUUGUCUUCCUGAGGAUGAGGCUACCGAACAGCGGUGGUGGCGGUAACGUGCAGCAGCAACAACAGCUGGGCCAGCCAGCGCCGCUGGGAGUGAGCGGCGAUGCGCCGGGCCAGCCCACGUCAGCCUCGCCACAGAUGCCCGAGGGCUUCCAGGAUUCCAACGCGCAGCUCAUGCAGCAGAACUUUGGCAGGCAAAGAAUGGUGGGACCAGCACCGGCGAACACCUUGGUAAUGCCUCACCAAACAAUGCAGGUGCAGACGUUUUCUCUGCAGCAGCAGCAGCAACAUCAGCAGCAGCAACACCCUGGGCACCUUCGUAAAUUGGACUUCAUGAUGUCGCCCUCGCACAAUCCAUCGUACGCUCAGGAUCCGGCUCAGGCCUCCGCAACCGCUGGUGACGCUUCUGGAAACCCCGGGGCCGGCAGCAUGGGGCUGAUGCCUGGACCGACACCGCCGCAAAUGCGGCAGACGUCCCCUUCGGGAGCGGCGCCGCAGUCUGCCGCCGCGUUCACCCCCUUUGACGGCAAGCCCAGGAUGCACCAGCUGUCGCCCGUGUACGCCGGGGCAGUCUCGCCGCUCAUCCAGCUCUACUCGGACAUGAUCCCCGACGAGAAGGGCAAGAAGCGGAAGGUCCGCAAGAAGACGGCGGGCGGCGGCGACCCGGCGACGGAGCCCUCGACGCCGGUCUCUGAGCUGCCGGAGCUGCACUUCUCCAGCGUCCCGUCGACGCCGACGCGCCCAGACCUGCAGUCGCCGUGGGAGGGCAGGAAGGAGUUCGACCGGACGGCGACGCAGUACAGGGCGGGCGAGACGGCGUCGGCCGACGGCGUCCGUCGCCCGAGCCUGACGCCGGACGGCGGCGGCGCGUACUCGCUCAAGGGCGGGACCGUCAAGACGGAGGUGCCGGCGGCGGGGGCGAUGGUGGGCGGCGCCGCGCAGUGCUUCGACGGUGCCGACGGAGGAGGGGUUGCGUUGAUGGGCCCGGGCGGCCUGGCCAACUCACACGGGUCUGGGCCGGACGGCGCUCUUACGCAGAACCCCCGGGUGGACCUGGGCCACCAGCUGCUCAAGAAGCUGCUGCAGACGAGGAAUCCCGCGCUGGUGUCGGCUCAGGCCAGCCUGGGCACCGAAGACAAGGAGCACGUGAUGUCGCAGGCUCAGCAGCAGAUGUGCGCCAUGCCCAGAUACGUCGAGGCGUCCGUCACCGGCGGGGUCCACCUCAACGUGAAGAUGGGUGGCGCCGGGGACACCGACUGCGACGCUGCCAAGAGGCAGCUGGAGCUGAAGGGGAAGCGCGUUGGGCACCGGGGCGCCGACUCGCCCAUCCGCAAGCGCAAGAAGACUGAGGACGACCACAAGGACAUCGGCAUCGGCAAAGAUGCCAUCAUCCGGCAGCUGCAGCAGCUCCCGCUGCUGCCUCUCAUGGAGCCGGUGAUCAAGGUGAACUACGAGCUGUUCGCACCGUUCGGCAGCGGCCGCCUCAACGGGGCCUGCACUCAGCUGCGUGGCGCCUACGGUAGCGCCCUGCUGGAAGGCGCCACCGACUACUACACGCAGCUCCUGUGCGAGAAGAACGUCAGUGACCCUCCGACUCCGCCACUGUCACUGCCCCCGACUCCGCCGCCCGGGACCCGAGUCAAACUCCUCAACGGGUUCGCGUCCAGUGAGGAGGUUCCGUCCAAGCGCGGUGGCUUCCUGGGUCCCGAAGUGGCUGCGCUGGAGCUGAGCCGUUUCCAGGGAGCGCCGGCGUCACCGUCUCGCGCCGUGGCGCCGCUGCUCACGGGGCUGGACGCCCGCGCAGCCGUGGCGCCGCACUGCGUGGACGUGCCCGCCUCCCUCCCCACGCCGCCACACAGCCACCCCGAGGACGGCCGGCUGCUGCCGGAGCCUCGCGAGGGCCGUGAGUCACCCGACGGCGCGGUGCGGGCGUCGUCGCCCGACAGCGUGGUGCCGGCGUCGUCGCCCGACAGCGUGCUGGGACCCGACGAGCCGUCGCGCUUCCCGCACCUGUGGGACGGCGCGCCCAGCCCCGAGCGGGGCCUCUCGCCCGUCAUCCCCAUCCUGCCCAGCUCCACCAAUCACGUGGUGGCGCUGCUCGCCAGCCAGCUCGGUAUCCCCGCGCGAGAUCCCCUCUCCUCGAAGGAGCCGGGCAGGGUCGCGCCCAUGUCCGGGGCUCCUUGGGACGUCCGCAACGACAGCUCCGUGUCCAUCACGCUCACACUGUCCACUGCAGCCUCCGAGGACAUCGCGGGAGUGGUGGCGGCCGUUGCGGGGCUCCUCCGGGUGAGGAUGCCGAGCAGCUACGAGAUCCGCGACUCGCCCGCUCUGCCACCCUUCCCCCUGCUCGAGAGGCUGCAUGCGGCGCCGGACGCGCGUGCCGGCCGCGGCGGCGGUGGGAUCCCCAUUCACAGAGGGACGCGGGCACCAGCUCGCACGUUGGUGAAGGAGGAAGCGGCGGUUGCCGGUUCCACCAGCGGCACCGCAGCGACACCGGGGCACGCAGGGGCCAAGCCGCAGUGGUGCCGCCACUGCGACGUGUCGGUGAUGGACGCCGGCGUGCGCAAGCCGGCCAAGGAGCUCGCCGGGAUGCGGCAGGACGGCGCCGCUGGCGAUGGCUCAGAGAGCCAGGACUCGGACGAGGUGUUUUGCAGCAACGCUUGCCUCAUGCAGUACACGGUGGCCUUGCAAGCCAAGCAGGGUGCCCUGCUGGGUGCGGAGCGCGCGCGGGGCCCGGGCGGCACCACGCACGCCACCCGCAACGUCCUCCUGCACCACUACAGCAGUGGCGCCACCUCCCUGUCGCCCAAAAAGCCGGUGCCCGGCAUCGCCGGGGUCGGCCGCAACAUGCCGGGCAGCGUCACCGACCGAGCCCCGUGCCAGCAGCGCCACCCGGCCCCUCCGCCGCCGCCUCCACCUCCUCCUCCGCCGUCGUCGUUGUCAUCAUCCGCAUCCUGGGCCCCAUCUACAGCUGCGGGGCCGACGGCGCCGGCUCAGGACAAGACAGCGCCGCCGCCGCCGCGGACCGACCCGGAAAAGCCGCCGCUCCGGACGCGGAUCCGCAUGACGCGGCCGACGCCGGCGUCGGCCGAGACCCCCCGCUCCCACGGCAAACGGUGCAAGGUGCUGCGUUGGCGCAAGUGGGAGGAGAGGCUGCUGACGCCGCGGCGCACCUUCAAGCCCGCCACGGACGAGGAGAUGGACGAGCUGGUGCGCAAGCUGGGCACGUCGCUCAAGCCGGCGCCGGCGCCGCGGGAUCGCCGCCGCUGCUGCCUGUGCCAGGAGACGGGUGACGGGCUGACGGACGGGCCGGCCCGGCUCCUGAACCUCGACCUGGACGUGUGGGUGCAUCUGAACUGCGCGCUCUGGUCGUCGGAGGUGUACGAGACGCAGGCCGGCGCCCUCAUCAACGUCGAGUCGGCGGCGAGGCGCGGCAACGCCACGCGCUGCGUGAUGUGCCAGCGCAGUGGCGCCACGACCGGCUGCCACCGCAUCCGCUGCGCCAACGUGUACCACUUCGCGUGCGCGCUGCGCGCCCGCUGCACAUUCUUCCGCGACAAGACGGUGCUGUGCCCGGCUCACCGGCUGCGCGGCGCUGCCGCCGACGUGGAGCUGGCGUGCUUUGCCGUGUUCCGACGCGUGUUCGUGCAGCGCGACGAGGUGGCGCAGCUCGCGGGGCUGGUGCAGCGUGCCGAGCACGGACACACUUUCCGGGUUGGCAGCCUGAUCCUGCGCUCCGUGGGGCAGCUGCUGCCCCAGCACGCGGCAGCCUUCCACAGCGCGUCGGCGAUCUUCCCGUGCGGCUACGAGGCGACACGCCUCUACUGGAGCACGCGCUACACCAACAAGCGCUGCUACUACCACUGCCGCAUCGGGGAGGCUGGCGGGCGGCCGCUCUUCUCGGUGCGCGUCGUCGAGCAGGGCCACGAAGAGAUGCUGCUCUCCGACUCCUCGCCCAAAGGCGUGUGGCAGAAGAUCCUGGAGCCGAUCGCACGUCUGCGCAAGGAUGCCGACAUGCUGCAGCUCUUCCCCGACUACGUGCGCGGAGCCGACAUGUUCGGGCUGUCGGUGCACGCAGUGCGGCGCAUCCUCGAGUCGCUGCCCGGCUCGGAGUGCUGCCUGCGCUACGUGUUCCGCUACGGCCGCAACCCCGUGCUGGCGCUGCCAGUGGCCAUCAACCUGUCGGGCUGCGCCCGCACGGAGCCUCGCCUGCGCGCCCACACCAAGAGACACGGCAACAGCAGAGCUGCAGAGGGAACGUUCGUCUCUGGUGUUCACUGCAGGCCCCACACGCUCACCAGCAACAGCUCGUCCAAGUCGUUCCAGAGCACUGUGACGGGAGACCUGACAGCGCCCUACAGCAAGCAGUUCGUCCACUCGAAGAGCUCGCAGUACCGUCGCCUGCGCUCAGACUGGAAGACCAACGUGUACCUGGCGCGCUCCAACAUCCAGGGCCUGGGUCUGUACGCGGCACGGGACAUUGAGAAGCACACGAUGGUGAUCGAGUACAUCGGCACCAUCAUCCGUAACGAGGUGGCCAACCGGAGGGAGGCACUCUACAAGGCACAGAACCGAGGUGUUUAUAUGUUCCGGAUCGAUGGGGAUCACGUCAUUGACGCUACACUUACUGGUGGACCGGCCAGGUACAUCAACCACUCGUGCUCGCCCAACUGCGUGGCCGAGGUGGUGAACUUCGACAAGGAGCGCAGCAAGAUCAUUAUCAUCUCGAGCCGCCGACUGCAGAAGGGCGAGGAGUUGACCUACGACUACAAGUUCGACUUCGAGGACGACCAGCACAAGAUCCCGUGCCACUGCGGGGCACCCAACUGCCGCAAGUGGAUGAACUGAACGGAGCGAGCAAAGUGGGGGGCGCGUUCAGCCCCCCGCCGGCAAAUCACGACGCGAGUCUCGCAACGUCAAGAGAACCGCAGCGGCCCCGGUCCUCUCGCUGGGCCCAGGUGUACGGCGCCGUCCUGCGGGCCGCGAGGGGCGGGCGAGGAGCACGAGGAGGAGGAAGAGUCGGUGGGCCACGUCGCGUGAGAUAAAUCGUGAACGGAGCUCCAUGUGUAAAAUACAAACAAACGGAAACAAUCGUUUCGACGGGAUGCGGGCAGAUGCAGUGGUGCGAGCGUCAAGCUAACGGUGGCAUGAGAGGUGCAAGGAAUCGGACUGGGCAUGAGCGGGCACGCGGCACGCACGCCCGGAGAGCAGAGGGCACGGUGCCAACGCGCGACCCCAUCCACUUGAACGCACCCCCCCCCGCCGCCCCCUGCCAACGAGCCCCUCCGCUCUCCGCUCCCGCGCGCCGGGGCCUGACUCGAACCCGCAUGGUUUACAAACCUCCUCCCCCUUAUUCAAAUCGUGUCGCUAAAAAGGGUUAGAAAUAGCUUUGUACCGCUUGGUUUAAGUAUUGUUUCAUUUUUUGUUUUGUUCCUAACGUGUAUCGCGUUGUGUUGUCAUUUUUUUUUCACACGUCGGUAACGUAUUUGUUUUUUUUAUACCGAUUUUUAAAGCUCCUCCGCACGGUUAAACAAAAAAAUAUUUACAAAAUAAAAAAACGAACAUUGAAAUACGUUGUUUAGGGUACACUUUGUCUGUAAUAAUAACAACAAUAAUGAUGUUGACGAUGAUCAUUUUUCUCGCGUUUGUUGUGUCUCUACGCCGCCAAAACGCACCGGUAAAUGUACAUACGAUGGACCAAACAGCUGUGCAUUUUUUUGAGCAAAAAAAAAGGGGAGAUAUGGGGCGCGCGUGAACAGAAACAAAAAUCUUAGAAAAACGAAAUCUGCCAGUCUGCACUUGUGGGUGUGCCCAGAGACUCGAGAUCGAGGCGUCAACGCUGGGGGUGGACCCAUCGAGCACCCUGGAGGGAAUGAUUUUAAAACAAACGAAACGGCCAAUGCUGCUUUGCACUUCAGAGUAAACUCUUUUUUCCGUUUAUUUUAGUAUGUUUGUUGUUAUCUUUUGCUACUGUUAUAGUACGAAACGUUAAACACAAUGACGAUUGAUGAUGAUGAUGGUGGUUGAUACUACCCGCUGAAUUUUUUUAUUAUCCGUUUUCAAAGGUUAGAUUAAUCAAGGGGUAGAAUGUCAAGUGCAGGAUGAUGUUUUUUCAUAAAAUCAAGAUGUGUAAAAAAAAAAGGUUGUUUGUGACUUUGCAGAAGCGUCUUGAAGUCGACUCAGACCAAAAUCUUCUUAAUAUUAAUAACGAUGCAGAUAAUAAUAAAUAAAAAUGGAUACAUAGUGCGUGGGCGUUAUUUUUAGAGACUUAAAAUAUAAAAAAAGCAAAAAAUAACAAAAAAAAUGAAAAAUAUAAAAAAUGUUUGUUUAACAAAAAAAAAUUCUAUUACAAAAAACAAAUCCUCGGGAGUUGACAAACGAACGGACGCGAUGAUGACGAUGGUGUAUUGUGUGCCGGGCAUAUGGCACCGCAGGUAUUGUUAUUGAGACUGUGAAGACAGUGGGCGCAAGAUUCUACGUUUGCAGGACCAGUCGUGCAGAUGUGUGAGCGGUCGCGGUCGAAACCGUCGUGUGCGUGGGCCGCCCUCUCCCCACUCGCGAUGUCGCCUGGUGUCCACGUUGCGCCUUCUCCUGUUCUAACUCAUCCUGAUAUCGGAGGAGAGGGGGGGGGGUGCGCGUAACUCAUCAAAGCUUUAUUUACCCACUUGUAAUAACACGUUAUCAUCGUUUACAGCUGCCAAGUUACCACUUUUUUCGUCUUUAUUUCGGUUCCCCCCCCCCCGCCCGCUCUGUUUAUUAUUAUUAUUAAUACCAAGUGUAUAAUUCGUUCGGCUUUAUUGUUAUGCGUAGUGGGCAUAACUUUCUCUGACUUGCGUUAACAUUUCAAACCCGCGUUGGGGGGGGGGGGGGCUUGCAUUCGUCAAGAUGGGUGGGUGGGUGGUUUGCGUGGUGAGUUCAUUGGGAUGGGGGGGGGGUGCGUAGGUUGAUGCUGUAUGUGGCAACGCAAGGGGCAUUGCUGAUGGGGAUUUGCUCCUCGGUGGGAUGUAUAAUGGCAUGCAUUCUGUUGUUUUUAUUCUUAUACCAGCUCUAAAACCACCCUCCCACCCUGUAACCCCACUUGUCGCCGCCCGUGGUCUCCCUCUCGACCACCGGGAAGGUGUUGUACAUAGUCACUAGCGUUUGUGAGCGAGUGUCGACCGCCGCCUCUUCCCUUCCUCGCUGGCCCCACUGCCACCAUCGCCGUGUGUGUGUACCGAUUGUACAGUGACGCGAGAAAUCGCCAUCGGCCCAGCACCACCACCACCACCCCUUCUUCUUUAUCGACAUCCAUCCACUUAACGAGCGGUGGGUGGGAUGGGGUGGGGGGGGCACAAUAGCCAGCCAGAAAAAAAAUAAAAACGAUUAUUUGAAGAUGGUUUAAAAUAUAUUUACAGAUAAUA